CACUAAAUAGGGAGCCUUUUUAUAUGAAAAAUAAUAAUUCCUAAGUGUAGCAUGUUUAUUUUACUGCGAUUCCUCUCCAUGUGGUGAGAAAAGGUUUGAAGUAGCAAUAAUGAGAAGCAAAUAAUCCAUGAUUAAGUCAGCAACUCAAUUUUCUCUUUUAUGUCAGGUCAAACAUCAAUCGCUUCCAAACUCUAUUGGAAACAUCAACAUAACUGAAAACAACAACAGGCCUUUUAAGACAUAUCACUUGGUAAGUUGGUAACUCAUUUAUAAAUGUGAAAUAUUUCUAUUUUUCCUUGGAAUAUACAGUCGUACCCCGGCUCCCAAACGCCUUGGGAGUUGAAUGUUCCAGCUCCCGAACAAUCGAAAACCAGAAGUGAGUGUUCCAGUUUUUGAACGUUCAUUUGGAAGCCAAACGUUCGACGGGGCUUCGGCAGCUUCCGGGAGCUUCCUGCAGCCAAUCAGAAGCCACGCUUUGGUUUCCCAAUAUUUUGGAAAUCUAAUGGACUUCCAGAACAGAUUCCAUUAGACUUCCGAGGUAUGACUGUAACAAGUUUGCAAGUCAAGAGGUCUACACAUAUUAAAUUAGUGCACCAGCCAUUAUUGGUCAUAAUUUUUUUUCUUUAUGAAACUGAUCAUUAUGAGAAAAAUUUUCCAAAAGCCACUGCUGUCCAGGAGUAUCUAUGUUGCACCUGUUCUUGCACCCCUUAGAGACCCUGCGUCAACCUUGCCAUUAUUUUGCCAAAAAUCAAUGCCAUGCUGACUCGCUGUAAUUACCACCACCAUUAAUAAAGUCAGAAAAGUGGAAGUGGAACCAGCAGCACAUAUAUUCGUGGUCAAACAAGUGACUCAUCUUAUCCCAGCGAUGCCAGCCUGGUGCUCUCUUCAUCAGAUGAGCCUGCCCUCUCCUUUGUUUUCAUUCUGCAUUGUGCUUUCCCUCCUCUCCCUACACACUACAAGGGAAAAGCCAGAGUCUCAGAGAAUGGGGAGGAAUAGGUGCAGAAAGUGCGCCACACAACCCUCCUGGAAAUUUCCUGAAGAGAAGCUUGCUGAAGAAAAGCACCUGAACUUCUCAUCUUCCUUAUGAAAAUACCAACCCCUAUUUGUCAUCUUUUAUAUGGAGUCCCAACACCCUCCGUUGGCAUCGCCAUUGCCCUGCUUGGGCACGCUAGUGUGGCGAUCACACAGGGUCCCCGGAUGUUACACCGUCUAUUGAUCCCAGUGCCACCACUUAAUUUCAUGCUGCCACCACCCAGGCCCUACCUGGUACAAUACUGAGUCCAGUCAGGGUUAAAUUGGAACGUAUACUUCCGUUUAUUUAUUGCAGUUUAACAAGCGUGUGGUUUCAUAAACGGUAUCGGUCAAUUACAUUCAUGGGGUGCCUAUCCAGACCUAUAACUUCCGCUACCUGCUCUCACUCACUAAACCACCUCUCAGAUAUUUACUUGUCUUCCUAGCUCCUAACUGUUCCUGACUCAGCUUAUUUCGCUACACUAACUCAACCUGCCCACAGACUCUAUCCCAGUUCACUCCCACUCCAACCAACCUCCCAACGAACUCUUCCCUUCGCCCUUCCCAGAGCUGGUUUUAUAGUCCCUCUGACUCCACCCCCCUGGGUUCUGAUUGGGUGACCUGUUUAACUAUUUCCCCUCCAGCACUCUCAUAUGUUAACGUCACAGCUAGUUCCUCACUGCCAAUUACCCUUUUGUAAACAGCAAAGAGAUCAUCCUAGCCAGAACACCACAUGUCAGCGAUUCACCGCUGUUGAGCACUGGAAAGAACACUGCCCGUUAGGUCUAUUUAAAGAUUCAGUGGAGGCAAUCACCAGCCCUGAUUCACCCACCCUGAAAUUAUAAAUAUCACGUCCCAGUUUUGAUAUUUGAUUGCUGGGUCCCGGAUUAUUACAACAUUUUCCAUUGCUUUUUCUUACUAAGCACUCUCCACUUCCCGAAGUGAUUAGAAGUUCCAGAGGUAUCAUUACAGGGUAUAUUUUGCUUUGGAUGAGACUGCACUGAAGACUUGUCUUUGAAUUGUUUGUUUUAUUUACAAUUAUACAUCAGUUCCUAAUGCAAGCAUUAAAGCUGCUGGUCAUGAUCCAGGUGGCCAUGGAACCUGCUGGGCUGCUUGCAAUCCAGCUCCCUGUCUCAUUCUUUGUCCUCUUAAUUCAACACUGUUUCUCUACCCUUGGCAUUGGCUGAAGGUGUCCCAUUCCAAAGGCAGGGGAGAGAAACUUCCCGUCAUGAGCUCCUUGCUGAAGAUCAACCUGUCAUCUCUGACUAGCCUCAAGGAAUCAGCCAGCAGUCAUCACACUGCCAUGGUCUCUGGCUUGUUGCUAUGCUUGAACACGGAAUGCACCAGUUCGCACUCACUGUAA